GCAGGCCAUGAGGCAAAAUGCGAAUCCAAGAAGAAAGAAAGAAAGAAAGGGGUGGGGGAAAAAGGAGAGGAGAGGGGAAGAGGAUCUUUGCAGAGGUUGAAAAGCUCAUGAAACAGGUACUUGCAGAGACAGAUACACACAAACACACACACCAUCCAGCUCCAACCAAAUUGCUUUUUCCACACUAGCUUUAUACCACCACACCAUUCGUUCAUUGAAGAUAGAGCCACUAAUCACUACAAUAUUACCCAAUUUCCAUCAAUUACACCCAUCUCCUCUAUCCCCCCAACUUUCCCUUUUUUUUUUUCUCUCUUUUUUAUUGGGUUUCUCUGUCCGUCCAUCCAUCCAUCAAAUCUAAGCACAACUCAAAACGAAGUGCAAAACAACAGACCCCAAAGGAAAAAGAAAAGGGAAAGAAAGAGAAUAUAUCUAGAAAUUAACCUCUCGCCCUUGAGGGUGUGCUUUGGAGAUAGCAAUUGCAAAAGCUUUAAUUUCUUGGGUUUACUCAACUACACAUGCUCCUCCACCAUUCCCCUAAAACCUUGUUCUUCAUCAGCAAACCCUUCUUCUUCUUCUUCAUUCGUCGGGCUUUUUGUUGAUUUGGGUAGCCCAAAACCGAGGCAAAGAUGAUAACUUUAUCCGAUUUCUACCAUGUAAUGACGGCGGUGGUUCCGCUCUACGUUGCCAUGAUCUUGGCUUAUGGGUCCGUGAAAUGGUGGAAGAUCUUCUCGCCGGACCAGUGCUCCGGCAUCAACCGCUUCGUGGCGCUCUUCGCCGUGCCGCUUCUCUCCUUCCACUUCAUCUCCACCAACGAUCCUUACACCAUGAACCUCCGCUUCAUCGCCGCGGACACGCUCCAGAAGCUCAUCGUCCUCGGAGUUUUAGCAAUAUGGACUAUGAUCAGCAAAAGAGGCUGCUUGGAAUGGACCAUUACCCUUUUCUCUCUUUCCACUCUCCCGAACACUCUCGUCAUGGGCAUUCCAUUACUCAAAGGAAUGUACGGCGAGUUUUCCGGCAGCUUGAUGGUUCAGAUUGUGGUUCUUCAGUGCAUCAUCUGGUACACUUUGAUGCUCUUCUUGUUCGAGUAUAGAGGCGCCAAGAUGCUGAUUUCGGAGCAGUUUCCAGACACUGCUGGGUCGAUUGUCUCGAUUCAUGUCGAUUCGGAUGUCAUGUCGCUGGAUGGAAGGCAGCCACUGGAGACUGAAACGGAGAUGAAAGAAGAUGGAAAGCUUCACGUCACUGUUAGAAAAUCAAACGCUUCGAGAUCGGACAUCUUCUCAAGGAGGUCUCAAGGGUUAUCUUCCACGACUCCCCGGCCUUCUAAUUUGACAAACGCAGAGAUUUACUCUUUGCAGUCGUCGAGAAACCCUACUCCGAGAGGCUCCAGUUUCAACCACACUGAUUUCUAUUCCAUGGUGGCCGGCGCCGGGGCCCGGAACUCCAACUUCGGUGCCUCGGACGCUUACGGCCUUUCGGCGUCCCGAGGGCCCACGCCGAGGCCGUCCAACUACGAGGAGGAAGGCGGCAAGCCCAGGUUCCACCACCAUGGGGUGCCGGGGAACUCGCAUUAUCCGGCCCCGAACCCCGGGAUGUUUUCGCCGCCCACAGGUUCGAAGGGGGCGGCGGCGGCGGGGAGUAGCGCGGCGAAGAAGGCUAAUGGGCAAGCGCAUCAGCCGAAGCAGGAAGACGGCGUUAGGGACCUCCACAUGUUUGUUUGGAGCUCAAGUACUUCGCCUGUUUCAGACGUGUUUGGCGGCCAUGAAUAUGGAGCUCUGGAGCAGCCUUCUAAAGACGUUAGGAUUGCUGUUUCCCCAGCAAAAGUAGAGGGUCACAGAGAGAAUCAAGAGGAGUACUUGGGGAGAGAUGAAUUCAGCUUUGGGAACAGAGGUUUGGAUCGAGAAAUGAACAGCCAUGAUCAUCAUCAUCACGGUGGAAAAGAUGGAGAUAAGAAAGCCAAAGCCAUGCCCCCAACCAGUGUGAUGACCAGGCUCAUCUUGAUCAUGGUUUGGAGGAAACUCAUUAGAAACCCAAACACUUACUCCAGCCUCAUUGGCCUCAUUUGGUCUCUAGUCUCAUUCAGGUGGCAUGUUAAGAUGCCUGCCAUAAUAGAGAAGUCCAUUUCCAUACUGUCUGAUGCAGGGCUUGGCAUGGCCAUGUUCAGUCUAGGUCUCUUCAUGGCAUUGCAGCCGAGGAUCAUAGCAUGUGGGAAUUCCGUAGCAGCCUUUGCUAUGGCUGUCAGGUUCCUCACUGGUCCAGCUGUCAUGGCUGCUGCUUCGAUUGUUGUUGGCCUACGUGGCGUCCUCUUACACGUGGCCAUCGUUCAGGCUGCUCUUCCACAAGGAAUUGUCCCCUUUGUCUUCGCCAAGGAAUACAGUGUCCAUCCUGACAUUCUCAGCACAGCGGUUAUAUUUGGGAUGCUGAUCGCAUUGCCAAUAACACUUGUGUACUACAUUUUGUUGGGGCUAUGAAAAGGGUGGUGUAGGGUUAAGUAAAGGUGUCUUGGAGCUAGCAGAAACUAAUAUCCUGGCUCAUUGGGAGAUCACAGAAGAAGAAGAAGAAGAAGAAGAAGAAGAAGAAGAAGAAGAAGAGGAGACAAGAGAAAGAGAAAAAAGGGUUUUUUAAAUGCAUGAAUAUCUGUUCUUAUUUAUUGCCUUUCCAUAGCUGAAAAAUUGUAAAAUCAAUCAUAUGGUUGUAGUCAGUUUGGUAGGAGCAGUUAAUUAUUGUAGUUUAAUCAA